GCGUUAACGUACACGGAAGUUGCACAGGUGGCAGAAACAGAACCUGAGGCAAGUGAGGGCAAGAUGCUACUCCAGAGUUGGCUAAACAAGAGUAUGAAAGUAGAGAUGACUGAUGGACGCACUCUUAUUGGCAUGUUUCUGUGUACAGACCGAGACAGAAAUGUAAUACUUGGAUCAUGUGAAGAAUAUCUGCAGCCACCAGGAAAUGAAGGAAAGAAAGAGGAGCCUCGAAUCUUAGGUUUAGCGAUGAUUCCUGGCCAUCAUAUUGUCAGCAUUCACAUAGACGAUGAUUCAAAAAAUGUUGCAGAAUUAUGACAAGACUUAGAAUAACUACUAAGAUAACAACUUUAUCAGAUGAAAUGUGUACUGUGUGUGCCAACAAAUAGCAGUCAUAUUUUUUCGAAAUUGCUGCUAGUGCUGUGAUGACUCUAAACUUGUUCGCGACAGUUUAUUCAUGUUCACUGGUGUUGAUGACAGAGAAAUGGGGGCAAUAGUUUUGCUUGCCAAUCGUUUGUUAGUGAGACUUGAACUACUCCUGAACUAGUCAUCAUUUUGGACAAAACACAACAGCAGGGACAUAGAGCAUGUAUUAUUAUAUUCAGUAAGUGUUACAUGUAAAAGCUGGGGUUUGAGCUUGUGAAGGAAGACUGAUAGACAUGUCAUGACUGCAGGGGCGUAGCUUCCUUUAGGUCGUGUAGGCCGCGGCCUACACAUUUUUAAGAAAAUCAAAUUAAUAAAAUUGCUAAAUCUGCAAUAAAGGCAUAGGGGCUUAAAUUUGAAAUCCCGACAAAUGCGCCUUAAUAUAAAUUUAAUUCAAGGUAAAAAAAGAUUGAUAUUGUUGUUCUUAUUAAUGUUGUUACAACAAAACGCACCAACCACAACAUAGCUAAAAUAAAAAUCGAGGGCGGGGGGGGGGGGGAGACACCCCAAGAAAGUGGCCUACACAUAUAUUUUAUUAUAAUAUUUAUUAUAUUACACACGCCCCUGAUGAGAAAUGGUGGCCAAUUCAAAGUUUUAUUACAAUAGUGUAAAUAUUAUGUACCUGUCAUAGUCAAAUUAUGUUUUACAUGUAUAAUGUAACCACUGAUUGUGAUAUAAUUGCUUUAAUUAAUUAAAUUCAUUAAAGAUUUAAUUUGAAUAUUGUAUUCAUAUUAUAAUAUUAUUCAGUAUUUUCUUGAAGCAUUUUACUGCCUUCUAAAGCCUGUUUCUCCAAGCAAAAACUGGCUCUUUUCUAAAUAUGUUUAAAAUAUGACACUCAUUCCGUGAUUAAAAAGAAGCCAUGUUUGAAUUAAAGCUGCACUCUCACAGAUUGAAUGUUUUGACAGUUUAUUUUUAUUUGUUUUGUCUUGGAACGAGCCAAUUUUUGCGUAAAAAAACAGUGAUAUAAGACUGUUGGCAAAAUUUCAGAUUGCAGGUUUUCAUUUUUAUGUUAAUAUUUUUUAUGUAUUUGUCGUAAAGCGUUAGUAACGCUUUUAGCCAUAAGUCAUUAAUUUUCGAACUUAAAUAAGAAAAACUGUGAUCUGAUCUUUUAUCAGCCUUAUAUCACUGGUUUCACGCAAAAAUUGGCUCAUUCCAAGACAAAAAACAAAAGAACUUGUCAAAACGGUAAAUCUGUGAGAGUUCAGCUUUAAAACACACAUUUUCGCACAAUAUCUGCUUUAAUGCAAUAUGCACAUUUAAUAAAAAUCAAAACAUAAACGUAUAUUUGCUAUUAUAUCAUUGCUUUGGCAUCUUUUUCCACUUUUCGAAGUCUAAACAUUUUUGAAGGCAAAUGCAGUGAAAGCAAAAUCACUCCUACUAUAAAUAAUCUGGAUGACACAAACAAACUCCUGUAGCAAAUAUGUUGGUUGUAAAUGCCUAGUGCGUCCUGUUACUUUGAAAUGUAUACAGUGUUGUGACAUAAAAAUUGCUUUAG